AGCUCUGCUAAGGCGCAUGCGCUCAGAAGAAGGCGGAAGUCAGCGCUCCUCGGGGCUGAUUCGUGCAGGCUGUCUUUCCAAUCAUUGCACCUUCAAUGGCUCUCCCAUACUGACUUGUGCAGUUACUUCUCCGCCGGCAGUCCUCACUAAACCAGCGGAUAAUACUGCAAAAUACCAGGGCAUACUGUCGCCCUCUCGACUGCCAAGCUUGGAGCCGACUCAUUUCGGAGUGUGGGAGCACCAUGUGGAGGAAGGCCCUAGCAGCUGCACUGCUGGCUUUAGCUGUUGGCUACUUCUACCAUGCCAGCCCUGACCUGUCGGAGCAGAUCCUACAGUACAUCAACCUGCCAGCCAUUCGGUCAGCACGUCAGGGCCAGGACAGCCAGCCCAGCUUCGAGCAUCUUAUCUCUGCUGCCUGGGAGACCCUGAUAACUGUGCCCACCCGGCAGUGGAGCAGAGUGGCAGUAGGAGUGAAUGCCUGUGUUGACGUGGUGGUCUCAGGAGUGGGACUGCUGCAGGCCUUGGCUGUGGAUCCUGGCACAGGCCUGGAUCAUGAAGUGUUGCACUCCAAAGAGGACUUGCGGGAAGCCUUCAUCCAUUACAUGGCGCGGGGAGCAGCUGCCGAGCGUUUCUUCAGUGACAAGGAGGUCUUUCAGAGGAUUGCGCGUGCAGCAGCCGAAUACCCUGGUGCGAAGCUGUAUGUUGGAGGUAACGCUGCCCUCAUUGGUCAGAAGCUCGCCACCUACCCUGAUCUAAUGGUUUUGUUAUGUGGGCCAGUUGGUCCCAAACUUCAUGAGAUGCUGGAUGAACAGAUAGUUGUACCCCCAGGUUCCCUCCAAGAGACAGAUGAAUAUCACCUCAUCCUGGAGUAUAAAGCAGGCGAACAGUGGGGUUCAACUCAGGCACCUCAAGCCAACCGCUUCAUCUUCUCUCAUGACUUGUCCAACGGGGAGAUGAGCUCGCUUGAGACAUUUGUGGCCAGCCUGGAAGAGUUCCAGCCGGACUUGGUGGUCCUGUCGGGGCUUCACAUGAUGGAGGGUCAAGGGAAGGAGCUGUGGGAGGAGAGGCUGAAAGAGGCUGUGGUAGCCAUAUCUGACAUUCCUAAAGAUGUUCCCAUCCAUCUGGAGCUGGCAAGCAUGACUGACAAGGAGUAUAUGAACAGCAUCAUGCAGGAGCAGGUUAUGCCCAUUGUCAGUUCCAUUGGGCUGAAUGAGCAGGAGCUGUUGUUCCUUGCCCAGGCUGGUGAGGGGCCUCAUGCUGACUUGCCAUCCUGGAAGGGUAUACCUGACGUUGGCCGAGUCAGUGACAUACUCCUCUGGAUCUUGGAGCAGUAUGGCCGCAGCGAUCCCUCGUCUGAGGCGGACCUCACUCGGAUUCACUUCCACACCCUGGCCUACCACAUCCUUGCCACAGUAGAUGGAUACUGGGGAAACCAGGCAGCGGCAGUGGUGGCUGGAGCACAUGUAGCCAGCACCCAGGCUUGUGGCAUCCGGUCUGUUGAUGUUAGCAAGGUGCAGCUCAAAGCCCCCCUAGAGUUUAACAGCUCACACUUGGAGCCCAAAGUGAAGUUGUUCCUAAACCCGACGGAGCCCGUUACUGUGUGGCGCCGUGGCAACAUCACCUUCCAUCUCACACCGGUGCUGGUGUGCAAGCAGCCACUUCGGACAGUAGGGCUCGGGGACGCCAUCUCUGCAGAAGGGCUAAUAUACUCUGAGUUAAAGCCACAGCAGCCUUUUUAAGGCUUGGUGGGAUCCUAUACUUUCUCUUAACAGUGCUGAUCGAGGGUGCUGAAGAGAUACUCCUUCGCCCACUGAAGUUUGUACUGUACCCUUAGCUCUUGGAAUGGAGUUGUGGAUUCAGGACCCAUCUAGACCUCUUUGUCCUGGACCAGGUUCUGUGUCUUCCUUCCCAGAGCUUGUUCCAAUGAGUGUAAGAAUGUGAUUGGCUGCUACAGAUUUAAAUCCUGCCUCAUGACACUUCCAGCCUGCUUUGAUCCCAUCUGCCCCCCCGUCUUUUCUAAUCCUCCUGUGGACACAGAAUGUGGAGCAGAACAUUAGAAAAGUGGGUCUGACCAGGCUGCACGAUGGCCAGAAACUAUGCAGCGGGCACAGUUCAAAGCCAUCUUCACAAACUCUGAGGAGUUUUGUUGGCUCACCUAAUUUAGUGACUUGCAUAUGUGCAAUAUGCAGUGCCUUGAAAAACGUUGUAAAAUGUUAAAUGUUUUGUUCUUGUUUCAGAGCCAACCACAAACUUAAAACAUUUCAUCAAAAUCAGAAACAUAUAACCUAUGAAACAUUCAGUUUGACUGGAAAUUGAUGAACAUGUAACCUUUUAAAAUCCUGUAUCUGGUUGUGUAGAACCUAGGUGGUUAUCUUGAUGUUAGGUGUAAGAAUUUUUUUCUUUAUCUCUGUGUACAACAUCCAGUGCAUUCGGAUAAAAUAUUAGAAAAUGCUGAAGAACUAGGGAAAUAUUGAAAAUUAACGGGUCACAAACUUCUCAGAUUGUCUGCCUCUUAUUUAAAUAUGGUAACUGUUAACUAAAUAUUUGAUGUUUCAUCAGAUUUCUUCCUUGGAGCCUGUCCUGAGCAGAUAAGAAUACCUGAGACUAAGAAAACAUGUAAUGAACACUUUGUGUUUUGUUACUUUUUGGCCUCAACACUCCCACUAUAAAAACUCAUUUGUUUAGGACUUUUGGAUAGCACAGCCAACAGUAGAGUGCAAUUACAAUCACUGUUGCUUGCUGUACAUAAUGGAUUCCUGGGCCAUUUACACAAACUUCCUUAUUGGUUUUGAUGGCAUUUCAUGACAUGUUCCAAUUACUUUAGGAACUUUAAAAAUGAUUUUGAACAUUAUUUCAAAGGGGACCAUAGGUGACAUGUAUAGUAAAUCUUAGUCAACAAUCAGAUGCCAGCUAAUUACCUUAAAUGUUCUGAUAAAGCCAGCUAGGAUAAAACUGGUAUGUUUCUAAACGAGAUGUUGCUCUUAAAUUAUCAGGGUUAUUGUCCUUUGUUUGUUCCUUGGUUUGUACCAUUUUUGUUCCAUAUGUUUUUUUGUUUGUUUGUUUGUUUUUUUAAAUCACUGCUUUGCCUGCCAUUAAAAUGUAAUUCUAUGAUUGGCUGGAAAAUUAUGCAAAGUUCCUCAUUUAAGUUGCUGUUCCAGCAAUUAGGUAAAAUCAUGUGUUUCUCUUAGGAGUUGUUUUCUUUGACAAACAAAAAGUGAACUCGAUUGGAAAUGACAGCUCAUGUAAGAUGUGUGUUACUGCAGAACUAUGUGUGUGUAUACCUCAAAUGGCCACUGAAGGCAUGCAAUAAUGGAGUCUUAAUGCAAAUAUACAAAUAUUGAAUGGAUUCUUUGCACUAGGAAGUGGCAGGUGUGCUUGAAGAGGUGUCUGCAAAGGUGAAUGUAGCCUUAUCUCUGAAUCCCCAUAGAUUUUUUUUGUUUUGUUUUGUUUUGUUUUGUUACUGUUAGCAAGUACAAUCUAUUUCAAGUUUACUUAUUUCUUGUUUUAUGUUUUGGUGUUUUAACAUUUGUAACUGUCAUGUUUCAUUUACUUGUAGUCUGUCAUUAAAAUACUAUAAAUGAAGA